AUAGUUUUUUCACAUAUGCAUUGCAAUUUUCAGGUUAAAAAUUUAAUUUAACUUCAAAAAUUGUUUAAACGUAUAGAGUCCAUUUGACCGACCUCAGAUAUGGUGAUUCCUAUAUGAAUUGUUUUAGGAUUAUUUAACAUAGCGUUAAAUUCUUUAGUUUAACUGCCGUUUAUUUUAAUUUAAAAAAUGUCGUUUAAAUCAUCGUUUUUUUAUAGAUGCAUUGCAGUUUCAGAGUUAAAAAUCCAGUUUAACUUUAGAAACUGCUUAAACGCAUAAAAUUUUGUUGACUGACCUCAGAUAGGGUGAUUCCUACAUGAAUUGCUUUACGAUUGUUUAAUAUGGCGUUGAAUUCAAUAGUUCAAAAUUCUGAUUUUAUUUUGGUCCCUUGGCUUUCUCUUGGGCCUUCUAACAAUGAUAUUUUUGUUAUUUACGGUUUGCUUAUUGGUCUUGUUUUAUUAAUUGUUACUCCCUCCGUUUCUUUUUAAGUGUCGUUUUAGCAUAAAGCUCUCCAACCAAGAUAAAUGAAUUGUUAUAAUUUUUUUCCCAUUGUACCCUCAUUUUAAUCCACCAUAUACUUUCUCUUUCUAAAUAAAAUUCAUUAAUAUAAGUACUCAUUAAAUUAUUUACUUCAAAUAACUAAUUCCAUAAUUUUCUCCACAUAACUCUCUCUCUCUUCCGUUGCAUUUUUCAACUACUCCUAAAUUUUUGGAAUUAAUAUUGCUUGCUAUAGGAAUACGUACUGCUUGCAUUUUCAUUAAUGGCUAAAGGAAAACUUAUUGCUUAUUGUUUCAAUGAAUGGCUAAAGGAAAAAAUAUUCCCUCCAAUUAUUUUAAUAAAAACUUAAGUUUCCCACCGAAAAAUUAAAACCAGUAGUACAUAUAGUAUGGUUUCAUAUUAUAAGUUCAAAAUAUUUACAACUCAUAAAAUAUGGAUUUAGAUAGUGAUACAGAAACAUCAUUAACAAACCAACAUAUAUUUGAGUUAUAUGAGUUUGAUGAAGAUAACUUAGAAGAGGAGUUUGAAGCAACCAAUAAUAUUGAUGAGUCCUGUGAAGAUAACUUACAAGAGGAGGUUGAAACAAACAAUGACACAGUGUAUAUUGCAGAAAAUGUUGAAGCAGAACCUAGAGAAAAAAAGAGAUUAAGAAUCUUAAGCAAUGAAGAACGCAUGUAUAUUUAUCAUGAGCUACUACAAAAAAGCGUUGAUGGAAAAUUACGUAAAGGAGCUACAAAUGAGGUGGCUUCAUCAAAUUCGGUUCCUCUAAGAACUGUUCAACGUAUUUGGAAAAGAGCAAAAGAAAGUGAAACACGUGAUGUCUCUCAUAGGAAGACAAAAAAUUGUGGACGUAAGAGAAUUUCAAUUGAUGAGAAUCAAAUUCGUGAACUUCCUUUCAGUCAAAGAACAAACAUUCGAUCUUUAGCUUUUGCGUUGAAAACCAAUCCAACAUCGGUGUUCAGGCUUAUAAAAUCAGGGGCUAUACGGCGUAAUUCAAAUGCCAUAAAACCACUGUUGAAAGAAGAAAACAAAAUAUCUAGGCUGGAAUUUUGUUUAUCAAUGCUUGAAGGUACACCACAUGAUCCAAUGUUUAAGAGCAUGCACAAUAUUAUUCAUAUUGAUGAAAAAUGGUUUUAUAUGACUAAAAAAUCCGAGAAGUAUUAUUUGCUCCCAGAUGAAGAUGAGCCAUAUCGGACAUGUAAGAGCAAAAAUUUCAUUGCCAAAGUUAUGUUCUUAGUUGCUCAAACUCGACCACGAUUUGACUCAGAAGAAAAUGAAACUUUUUCGGGUAAAAUUGGUGUUUUUCCGUUUGUUACCCAUGAACCGGCUAUAAGGUCAAGUAUUAACAGAGUUGCGGGAACAAUGGUAACAAAAGCAAUAACUACGGUAAAUAGAGAUGUGGUAAGAUCAUUCCUUAUUGACAAAGUUCUACCCGCUAUAAGAGAAAAAUGGCCAAGAGAUGAAUUUGAGUCAACAAUAUUUAUCCAGCAGGAUAACGCAAGGACGCAUAUAAACCAUGAUGAUCCUUUAUUCCGUGAAGCUGCCACCAAGGAUGAGUUUGAUAUUCGUUUAAUGUGUCAGCCUGCAAACUCUCCAGAUUUGAAUAUCUUAGACCUUGGUUUUUUCUCGGCUAUACAAUCAUUGCAAUACAAGGAAGCACCGAAAACUAUUGAUGAACUUAUCAGUGCAGUGGUGAAGUCAUUUGAAAAUUUUCCUUCAAUUAAGUCCAAUCGUAUAUUUGUAUCAUUGCAACUAUGCAUGAUAGAGAUCAUGAAAGAGAAAGGUUCCAAUAAAUAUAAAAUUCCUCAUGUAAAUAAGGAAAGGCUUGAAAGAGUAGGACAACUACCCAUUCAAAUUAAGUGUGAUCCAAUAUUAGUACAAGAAGUCAAAAAUUACUUAAACAUGGAGUAA